AUGGCACCAGCCAGUGCCUCCGACCCUCCUGUACGCCGCCGCCGAACUCGCCGCGGUCGCCGCCCUCCACCAUCUUCAGCUCCUAGGGGCCGUCAGCCAGUAACUUCCCUACCGCCCUCGUCUAAUUCCACUCUCACACCUCACAUCACUGUUAUAUCGAGACCAACGGACGAGGACGAGACUUCCACCUGUGGAAGCGACAAAUCCGAAAAGCUUGUUCGCACCAACCCUUCGUACCUCGCAGAGACCGACACAGGACGUGAUCUUCAUCAUCCAAGCUCGCAGACAGACCAGGAAUCACGUCAGGCUACGUUUGCAGACAUGGCGCGUGUUGGGCUGGGCCCCCCUCGCGACUUCCGGCCUGAUCACAUGGCGUCCCAGGAGCCCGUUCCUUUACAUCACUAUAUGAAAUUCAAAAAGCCUCGCGGUCGCAGAGGAUAUUCACCGUUAGAGGAGGAGCUAGGAACUGCUCCACCUGACACAUCUCUCGUACUCGGUAACUGUCGUGUACUCAGCAGCAUGACCGAUGAAAAUUCAGAAACUCUGUACAAGACAGACACCUGCAAGGUGCAAAAUAAUGUCCAGCUCUUGCAAACGGCACAUCCCUUUGACGCGCUUGGUCAGCACUUCGCUCUUGUUAGGCAAGCAUUCGGUCGUGAGCUCCCAUCUGCUAGUCAUCUCCAUGAAAACGAGGGCCAGCGAGAUGGUGAAAUCCAGUUCACCAUCGAUGGAGGAGGCGACAUCCAGGCACAUGCUUGGUCUGCAGCCCAUUUGCAAUGGGUCAAUGUCGGUCUGUUCUCAUACCGGCGAAAGGCUAUCGAAGGUGCCCUUGGCGUGCGUCAGCUCAAAGGUCAGAAGAUUGGCAGCGUUAUGCCUCGCAAUCAAAUCGAGAUGUUCAUUGCUCUAGCCAAGCAGUUUGAGGAAGAGAGUUCGAUCGUUUCUCUAUCUCCAAGUGCUUUUGAGGCCUCCGCAUUGCGUACUCAGAAGCCAACUCCGGUAGCACUACCACUGCACUCACCUCGGCCACAAAGUGCUGUAAUCUCAUUCAACUCAAGCACUAAGCUCAACACACAAUUUGACCUAAGUGACCGUGACUCCAAACAAGCGGCUCCUCCAAAUGUGAAGUCAUUUGUCUCAUCGGCCAAUACACAUCUCGUGCCUUCGCUGCAGCGCACUGCGACUAAUACGACUGACGACAGAGAUUUAUUAAAAGAGACUUCUACAUUUCUAGCACCGCUCACUGAGUCCCAGUAUUCUUCGCCGACAGAUUCUCAUAACUACAGCCAACUUGAUCAACGCUUCUCGAUCGCGUCAACCGAGCCCACGGGCCUGGAAACGACUCGAUAUACAUAUAAUUCGUCUAGCUUUGUCCCGAGUCCAUCGCAAAGUUCAAAUGCGGGGGUGUUACCAGUCUUCAAACUGGAGCAAGAUCACCAGACUCAUCUGUGGCAUGAAGGAAAGCUCCAACUGCGACAGCAAGCCGGCGUCGAUGCUUCACGGGAACCAUACUACCGCGACAAGGACACUUCAAAUGAACUCGUCUCGCUGGAUCCAUUCCACAAACCCCUGACCCCAGGAUCUGGCAGGCUAGGAGUUCUUGCCCACCAAACGCAACAAGCACUGCAGCGUCGAGACAAGCCCGGCGAUGUCGCUAGACGGACGAAUUUAAAACGCGCGUCUCAAGCACCAGCGAUUCCGCAGAAGAUAAAAGAAGUGCGCUCCUGGGAUGAUAUUCUGAGCAAGCGUUUGGGAGAUAAUCGUCCAGAAGCACUUGCCACUACAGAUUCUCAGCAAACCAGUCCGGAUACAGAUCACGAACCUUCACAUCGCUCUAUCUCGACAAUUGGUCUCAGCGAGCCUGACGCUGAGUGGGAAGAGCGCCAGGUUCCAAUAUGGAAUACCUGGCAACCCAUUGACGACGACAUGGCCCUCUACGACUCACUAGCACCCCGUCGUCGUGGCCCAUUCUUUACCGCACCAAACGAUGAUCGUAACGAAGGCUAUUUUCACGGCAAAUUCGAAGAUCGUGUAGAUAUGUUGUGCAAUGAUGUCGAAGAUGCUCGAGAAGAACGCGUAGAGUACCUCCUCCAUAUUGCCCGCUCGAUUCGAGACAGGGAAGGGGUUCCACUAGGACGGGAAAAGGUCGAGGAACUCCUUUCGGACCCGCUGACCCACCUUAUGUGGUCCGUUAAGCUGAAUUUGACAGCACAAAUGGAGAUGCCCAUGGGGACGGGAGACUACUUUCAACGCGCGUUUGUGGAGCCAAAGCCUGAAUACAUUGAUAAGAGCACGAAUGGGGAUCGAAGCUUCUUUUCCGCGAAUUCCCCUGGCCUGGAUGAAGAAGUGACAUCUAAGGGCAGAGCGCCCAACCGGAGUAACUCGGGAAAAAUGCGGAAUACAAAAGCUACCUUCAGCCCUGUGGGUUCGCACCGGGGCGCGAGAACUUCGACGUAGGGCUCCUCCGAUAAUUGGCAGGAUUUCAAAGAAGGGGAUGCCACGUGGCAACGUAUGACCAAAAUUCUAACAGCAGGUUCGAAUUAAUAGCAAAGACCGUACGCAGAUUCGAUGGCAAGAUCAAGGCUGCGUCCAAUGAUGGAAUAGGAAUGUUUAACCUCAGUAUCCAGCAUAGAAGCUGGGGCACAGAACCAAUCAGCUUAGGCAAUACGAGAACAGUAUGGGGCAUAAUACCAGAC